CUAUGCUUUAGAGUCACAGCAAAUGAUGACUCCAGGCCAAUCCUCCGCUCUUGUCACUUCUUGAGGCCAAUCUAAUGAUUCCUGAUAUCUCUUCUUGUUCUGUGUUUUGUCUUAUCUCUUCCCCUUGAACGCCGUAAGCGUGGGCAUUCUCCCCCGCUCACGCAUGCUCACCGUUGACAACAUAGCUGCGAACCCACUUCGCAAUCUGCCUGCGUAUUACUAUUCAACAUUUCGAAAGAUGUCGACACUCUCUGAAACCACAUCAGCGGUCACAGCAUCAAUAACUUCUGCACAACACCUGAACACGUCUCCUCCCAUCACCGCCACAUCCUUAUUGUCUACUUCGCCGCGCGAGCUCCUUUCUUUACCGCUUCGGAGUCUUUCCAAAGCAGAAACCUUUGCCUUCUCUAUAUUGCCCAAACAAAUUGCUAGGAUGGCUGGUCUUCAAGAGAUGGCGACACAAAUAUGGGGCUCAGCCCGGGCUACGGGUUCAGAAGGUGAUACAGUGCUUUUCGCGACGCAGGCCGCGGCGGAAGUGGUCGGAGAGAGCCUAGCAGACACUGCGGGACAAGCCGACUCUAGCCACUUUUCCGACUUUGUACAAGCCAUUGUGAAGUUCAGUGGGUUCUUUUCGUACUUGACUGGUCGGUGGUCACUGGUUUGUUUCGCAGUAUCACUUAUCCUAAAUAGGAUCACAAUAUAUGCAUCCACCCGACGGCGGCUUCAACUGGACUGGAGCAGGAGAUUCGCCUUACGCAUAAUACCCAUUGUCCUCUUCGUCGCUCAAAUACAUGCCCUGCUUCGUGCGCUUCGAUGUCAGACAUCUCCCGACUAUUCAGCUAUUCGAUACGGAAAGCCGAAUAAGCGAAUGCUAUUCGAUUAUGCCGGAAAUGGCGGCUUUCUCUAUACUUUUAGUUCAGCCCUUCUGCCAUGGGAAACAGAUGAGCAGUCUUGCAGUGCAGUACAUAUGGCUCGCCCGGUCAACGCUUCGGACAUAUCAUACGGCUCCUUCCGUUUACUUUGGCCGGCCUUCCUUCGGCUGUGUAUAAGUCACUUUGUGGAAACUCUUUGCUGCGCGUUGCAAGGCCGCUCUGUCGUUACAGAGGCAGGCAUGUCCAUCUUUGAACACUCGCUCGCCUUCGCGGAAGCAGAAUCUACAAUAAGUCAAUCACUUGGCCUGGGGAUCUUUGGGCUGCGGAAGACGAGCACAGGGAAAGAAAUCAAAGGGGAAAGCGGCUCCUCCGUCCUUCAGUCACUGAGCAAACAACAAGCUUUGGAGCGCAUGAACGUCUCUCCCGAGUUGCUGCUGAUCACCCUGAUCUCCUGCUGUAACAGUUUGACUUCUAAUCUGCUCGAUGUCUUUGGAAAACAAAGUCAAUAUCGCCUUGUGAACACGACAUUCUGGGGGAUUUGCUUCAUGUCUGCCAUUGCAUGGGGCACAUUUGGUGGCACGGCGUCUGGCACUGAAAGCCUGGUUUUCAGAAUACCAACAGUCUGUCUUGUUGGCUUCGUGCCCCAUCUAUUCAUUCUGCUGGGAAUAUUCGUUUGUGUCUUUAUCUACGCCUUGGCUCUCGUGAUCACUGCUUUUUCACUCCCUGCGGGUACACCUCAGAACCUAUCUUUGAGGGAAAGGUUCUCCCUGGCGCACGAGAAUAUGCAGGGUGCCAAUCAAAUCCAGAGCAUACGGUUCAACAGGCACGACGACUUUUACACAACCUCAUUACGGGUUGGCUAUGGCGCCUUGACUGCUGCUAGACAGGCUGUCUUUUUGAAUGAAGGACGAGGAGUAGUUGCGCAAAGGAUGACCUGGCUGGAGAGAGAUAGGCUUGCUGAGAUCGAACUUCUGCAGCGCAAAUACUCGGGUGGCGAGAGCCGCAACUUUGGGUACGGGGACCUCCAGAAGAAUGAAGAGUUGCUAGAGCUUGAAAUGGCAGCCACUGCCGAGUGGGAAUGGGAAUCCGGUUAUGCACGGGAGAAGAAGAUUGAGACCACCGUCGCGCAGUCCGCGAGAGCCCACGAUGAAUCCGAGGGCGUUGGCGCGUUCCGGGGUGUUGUGCGGUGCUAUCAAUCGUUCGCUUUCUUUCGAGCCAUUUUCUAUUUCCUACUCAGAUGGACUGCUUAUGGAUUUGACAAAAUUCUGAGCAAACUCGGCAUCAGCAGGCGGCCGCAGUGGCUGAAAUCUCUGGUCAGGGCUCAGCAGAAAAAGAAACAACGAGGAGGGAAGAACAAUCUCGAGAAAUUAGACUUCUGGGUCCUCUCGGAGGAUGGCGUGCUCAAGGUACCUGCCAAUGCCGAUUUCGAUGUUGAAAACGAGAUGCGUAGGCGAGAGCGCAUUGAUGCUGCCCCUUGGGGGGAGUCGGACGAACGACGGCUUGACGAUAAGCUUUAUGACUGGUGGAGAUCUGGAGGUGCCUGGGGCAAUCAAGAUCAGAGCCCCGAUUAUGCGCCUUCUGUUGAGGAUUGGGAUGAUACGACAAGCGUCGUGUCGAUGGCAACGACCAGCGAAUCCGAAUGGGACGAUUGCGAAUCCGAUGGCCGCCGGACUCCUACUCAAGAAGAUCCUUAUCCAGGCCGUUCGUCUCGCGAAGACACUCCGGUGCAGGAAUCACUGGUCGACCUUGGCGCCUUUGCCCGUCUACUAGACCCUCGCGAUCAGGAAAGCAGACAGGAGGCUCGUAUACUUGCCGCUCACCUUGCUGCAGGUCGUGAAGGUCGGAUUAUGACUCGUCGUCAAUACCAGAAACAGGUUGAGCGCGACAGGGCUCGAGUUCUGCUUACCUCACGUUUCUCGCAGCUAGGGCAGCAGGGCCUCGGCGACGAGAAGCGAAAGCCAACACCAGAAGAGGAGACCGAGAUUCUAGAGAAGCUCAUUCUUUCUCAGAGAUCCGAAACACUGAACAAGACCAGAUCCAGCGAGCAGACGUGGGAGUCGGGAGCAUCCGGCCUUGGUCCCAGCGGGCCGCCCUGUGUUAUCUGCCAGACCAGCCCACGGUCAAUUAUAACAUGGCCUUGCCGGUGCUUGUGCAUUUGCGAGGAUUGUCGUGUGAGUCUGGCGAUGAACAACUUUGGAAGCUGCGUGACUUGUCGUCGGGAAGUCGGGGGUUUUGUUCGAUUAUGGGUUCCAUAGGGUGGUCGGUCAGGUUUGUCUCUCCAUCUAUGUCUUCAGUAAUUUCCUUUGAACACGUGCCAAUGAGCUCUCUAAUUCUGAGCCUUCUCUGUAACUAUUUCCGCUCUAGGUUACCUUUAUCACGGCGCAUGGUUCCAGUCAUUUCGUGUUCUAUGUACCAGAAUCAAUGGUGCAAUCGCGUCGAGCAGUAUCUGUCUUGUGCUCAACUAUACGUGCUAGAAUACGAAUAUAACAUUGAUACAUCUAGCUAUUUUGUGUGUAUUGUUUGCAAUAUGUUGAAUCGGCAUAGUAAGGUGG